CUAAUAUCUCUUAGCGAGUCCGGACGGUCCGCCUCCAACUCGAAAGGGCUUCGGCGGCUGGGGCGGCGAGGCACGCAGGCGGCGGGCGGGAUGAGCGCGGCGCGUGGCGGAGCGGUGCGGACGCUGCGGGUGCCCGGCCGCCACGGCUAUGCCGCCGAGUUUUCCCCGUACUUGCCGGGCCGCCUGGCCUGCGCCACCGCGCAGCACUACGGCAUCGCGGGCUGUGGAACCCUGCUAAUACUGGAUCAAAAUGAAUCUGGGCUUAGGCUUUUUAGAAGCUUUGACUGGAACGAUGGUUUGUUUGACGUGACCUGGAGUGAGAACAAUGAGCACAUCCUGGUCACCUGUAGUGGUGAUGGCUCGUUACAGCUCUGGGACACCGCCAGAGCCGCAGGGCCACUGCAGGUCUACAAGGAGCACACUCAGGAGGUGUACAGUGUUGAUUGGAGUCAAACCAGAUGUGAACAGCUUGUGGUGUCUGGCUCAUGGGAUCAAACUAUCAAACUGUGGGAUCCAACUGUUGGAAAGUCUCUGUGCACCUUUAGAGGCCAUGAAAGUGUCAUUUAUAGCACGAUCUGGUCGCCCCACAUCCCUGGUUGCUUUGCUUCAGCCUCAGGCGAUCAGACUUUGAGAAUUUGGGAUGUGAAGACAACAGGAGUCAGAACUGUGGUUCCAGCACAUCAGGCAGAAAUUCUGAGUUGUGACUGGUGUAAAUACAAUGAGAAUUUGCUGGUGACAGGGGCAGUUGAUUGUAGUUUGAGAGGCUGGGACUUGAGGAAUGUACAACAACCAGUAUUUGAACUUCUUGGUCACACCUAUGCUAUUAGGAGAGUGAAAUUUUCACCAUUUCAUGCUUCCGUGUUGGCCUCUUGCUCCUACGAUUUUACUGUAAGAUUCUGGAACUUUUCAAAGCCUGACCCUCUUCUUGAAACAGUGGAACAUCAUACAGAAUUUACUUGUGGUUUAGAUUUAAGUCUUCAGAGUCCUACUCAGGUGGCUGACUGUGCUUGGGAUGAAACAAUAAAGAUAUAUGAUCCUAUUUGUCUUACCAUGCCUGCUUGAGAUAAACUACUCCAUUCAGAAACAAAGGAUAUGACUGAAGAACUGCUUAAUAGGAAAUAAAUGAUUGAUAACAUAGAGUUUAUGUUUUUAUAUACUAUUCAGAUUUCAAAAUUUAAAAAUUUAUUCUGGAAUCAGUUUUGAGGAAGCUGAUAAAGACUUUGGCUCACUAUUUAAGCCUGGUACAUAAGCCAUAUUUCUUAAAAUCCUAAGAAAUAUUGAAGUUAUGGUAUAUCUUGUAGUGUCUAUUAAAAUAUAACCUUUCUAGUAUAAAAUGGAUUAAAUAUGAGAGAUCUAUAGAUUAUAUUGAUAGUGAUAUAUUUCAUUUUUAAUUUGAUAUUUUUGAUGAAAAUAUAAUCACUGCUGUUGAUAAAAA